AUGUUUACCUCCAGCGCUGAGAAGAAGACCCAAGUCGAACCCGACCCCGUCGUUCCAUCUUCGUUCCAAAGGAGCCCGUUCGUGCUGGAAAGCAAAUACCCAAAACCCCUUUUUACCCAUCUUGUUUCCACUGCACCAAUAGUGCUCACGGAGUGGGUGCUAGCAAGGAAGGGUCGUGCCAUUGUUGAAGAGAGGGAGACCUCCUCCUUUGCUCAAGGGUCCGACGAGGAUGUAAUCAUUGAUGAAGAACCAGCGCCAGAAGCUACUUCAGUGAUUGAUCCUGCAUCCGUAUCAAGCAUCAGCAAGGGUUGGUCGGAGUGGGUUGAUGCUGAACUGAAGAGCCCAUCUACCCGUGAUAUCCUAAGCCGGGCAGGCGUGUUGGAAGCCAUCUUUGCUUCUAAGGCUUGCGACAUCCAUAUUGAAGCCAAGACGCUUCGACACUUGGUUAGACGGUGGAGCACUGAGACGCACACUUUUAUUUGUUCGUGGGGAGAGUUCACUCCCACGCUUUGA